GGGCGGUGAUGGGCGGCGGGUGCGGCCCGUGAGGCGGCGCGGGGGGCGGGCGGUGCCGCAGGGGCGGCGCCCGGGAACAUGGCGAAGACGUACGACUAUCUGUUCAAGCUGCUGCUCAUCGGCGACUCGGGCGUGGGGAAGACGUGCGCGCUCUUCCGCUUCUCCGAGGAUGCCUUCAAUGCCACCUUCAUCUCCACCAUCGGCAUUGACUUUAAGAUUAGAACUAUAGAGCUGGAUGGCAAGAGAAUCAAGCUGCAGAUAUGGGAUACCGCCGGGCAGGAGCGAUUCCGCACCAUCACGACGGCGUACUACAGAGGAGCCAUGGGCAUUAUGUUAGUCUAUGACAUCACCAAUGAAAAGUCUUUUGAAAACAUUCGGAACUGGGUCAGGAACAUUGAAGAGCAUGCCUCUCCAGACGUCGAAAAAAUGAUCCUUGGGAACAAAUGUGAUGCAAAUGACAAAAGACAAGUUUCUAGAGAGCAAGGGGAGAAGCUUGCAGCGAGUUUUGGAAUUAAAUUCAUGGAGACCAGCGCAAAAGCAAAUAUAAACAUAGAGAAUGCAUUUUUCACUCUUGCCAGAGAUAUCAAAGCAAAAAUGGAUAAGAAGUUGGAAGGCAAUAGCCCACAGGGCAGCAACCAGGGAGUCAAAAUCACACCAGACCAGCAAAAGAAAAGCAGCUUUUUCCGAUGUGUUCUUCUGUGAGGGACACAGCCUUAAUCUGAGCACCUGCUCAGCCCAACUGGACUGUGCCUGUUCUGAGUGAGACUUCUGUCUGUGGACUCUAGUGUUUCCAGCAAACCUUGUCACUCUGUGACCAUCUGAAUAAGAAAUUGUUUAUUUUAGUAAUUGUCUGACUCUUCAAUUUUGGAGAUGAAACAAGUUUAUUUUUGUCAGAUUGCCACUGGGCAGGCAUUGUGUAGCAGAGGGAGUACAGAUCGAAUGCGACCUGUAAGAGCACCUCUGCUGGCAGGCUUCAAUCUCACUGUAUCUCUAACGUAUCCAAAUUAGAAAAUUAAGUUAUAAUCAAAAUCAGAAACUGAAAUGCCAAUAUUAAUAAAGUACAGGUACAUGUACUUGAUACAUCUGCAGAUCUGUGUCUGGAUGCAUAUAAAGCAGUUGCAUCAAAACAACCAAGAAAUGCACUUAUGUAGGCAGUCUGGGCUGCGCCUUCCCAGAAGGCAUAAGGAAGCUUUCUACAUAACUCCUUUUUGCUACUAGAGAAACAGUUCUUCGAUCUGCUGUUCUUACUCAGCUGUGUUGUUGUAGACAAUCCAUGAGUACAACUGGAGUUUAAAAAAAAAUUCAAAGGAAUUUCUAUUUUUUUAGAAAAAGCGAAGUGUGCUGUAGGUGUGCUGGUUCCUUACUGCCAGGAGUUCCUUUAGCCAGGUUACAGGUGACCACACUUAAUUAAAUGGUCUGCACAUCCAGCAGGAGAGCUGCAGGUGUUCUGCACUCAGUUUUUAGAGAAGCAGCCCCCAAGGGACACACAUCCCACACUGAACAUCCCAGGGAACAGCUCUUCCUUCUCUAGUUGAAAAUGGCCCCCGAUCUGCCAUGAUGUAGUAGCUAGUUAUAAAUUGUGACAAGAAAAUGUAUUGCACUGCUUCCAGUUGUGUGUUCUUAUGCACACUCGCUCACAUAUGCAAAUAAAUGUUGCACAUAUGAACACUUUCUGAAAACAAACUUUUAAAGCUGAGAUUUGCCUUGCUGCCAUGCAUUGAUCAUUGCAGAUUUCAAGCAGCAGCAAACCUGUUAAUAGCAUGCAUCAAUGCAAACGAUGUUUAGUCCUCAGUGGAAAUAUUUAUUCUUAUAAACACAGUCUAUUACAUUCCAUUGUAUAAAAUGUAACAGCCUAGUGAAGCACCUAGGUAACUAAUUGCUCUCAUUUGAGAGGCUGUAAGCCUGACUAAUUAGAUUAAUAAAAGGAGCCAGUAAGAGUAAUCUGCUUAGAAGUCUGCUGUCAGUAAUUGGAGUUAUGGUAUAUUUAACCCAAACGAACAUAUCAGCUGUGUCCUGCAACUCACUGGAAUUGUUCAUGUGCUGCUUUGUUUACAUUGAAAACUGCACUUAAGGAUAAAAUUAAAGCUCGGUUUAAAGUUAAUGAUUUAAUAAUGAUUACUUACCAGCUUUGUUUUCUUCAGUUUUCUGGUAAUCUGUCUUGGCCUCAGAGGAGCCCUCCUAAGUGUUACUGGAGUUAAUUAUAAAUCUGAUAGAUUUUUAAACUUAUCUGCAGCAUGCAACUGAGCUCAACAGGAAUACUGCCUGCUUUUCUAAAAGAAGAAAGGAAAUUGUACUGUGUAAGUUACUAGCUUAAAAAUGCAUUUUAAAUGCCACCAACUUUUUUUUUUUUUUUAAUAGCUAGCAGAUUAAAAUGAGCUCUGUUCAUUAUUAAAUUUAUAUGUGAAACCUUCCUCUAAGCAAAACCUUGUAAUGUUUGUUUUGUUUGCUUGUGGCUUUUUGGACUUGGUGACAGUGCAGCACAGUCAAUGGCACACAGAUGUACUGGUAGGAUAAAAUCACAUAAAGGAACUGAAGAACCUUCUGGUGCUUCAAAGGACAGUUCCUACAGAGCUAUAGACUGGACAAGCAAUGCUGCUAGCCUGAGAUAAGAAUGGGUUGGUUGUUUUUUUUUUUAAGAAAAAAGACUGCUUCAAGGACUUACUGAUGCCAAGUUGAGGUGCUUAAGGAAUGGUCUAAUGCUGUUCUCCUGCACAAAUCAGAUCUGCUUCAAGUUUUGUUUCUGGCUUAGUGGUACACGUGGAUUGUCUCACAUCUAGCCACCUCUUUUAAUGUAGCCAGAUGUUGCAGCCAGAGUUACUUCAGGAAGUGACUGGGAAAAUCAGUGCUAAGUCUGCCUUGCUGUCACCAGGCUGUCCACCAUGACAGCAUCUUAAUUGUUUGAUGUCUUGCCCAUCCAUCGGCAGCAUCCCAAUUGUUUGUCUUGAGAUAGGAAAGAAAUAUCACAUUAACUUACAAACCAAAUCAUUUGCCAGCCUCCAUUUGCUAAAUCUGAUGUUACCCUUUUGCAUUAAAAGCUUUUUGUCUGUGAACACCUUUGUUCAAACUUACGCUGGCUGUUGCCUGUGUCAGUAUACUAUAACUUACAGCAUGAUUUCCUUUUCUGAACUGAUGGGUUUUGCUCAGUGAACAGCUGUGUUAUUGCCCAAUCUCAGGAAGUUUUGUGCAGUUACUGUGACCUGCAGUCAUCGCUGUGCUCCUACAGUAUGCAGACUCUAUGCAGAAACUGAAUCAGUGUAAACAACAUGAAACCUAGAAUGCAAAUAUAGGACAGGGAAAGCUUAAAGACACCGCAGUGGCAUUUCUGCUUGGCUACGUGUUGCCAAAUACUGACAUCGAAUCUGGCAUAAAUACAACAUGUAGUUGGUAUUUCCAUCACGUAAUUUAAUUACUGUGUUUUCUUAAGCACGAAUAUUACAAAAACACAAUGUUCAAAAAAGGUCACUGAAUACAGGAAUGCAUUUAUAUGUAAGCUUUCGUUAACUAAGACAGAAUAAAUCUGAAAUUGGAUACAGAAUCUAUAAAACAGGAAUUUAAGUAGAUCUGAAAAGCUGAGAGUGUGCUUGCCACACAUUUUCUAUGUCUAAAUACCACUAGAAUGCCAGGUAAUCAGUUAACACUUGGUUUGUAGAGAAACAAACCCAUUUUUGAGCAUGUUCUCAAAUUCCUUUACUUUGAUGAGGAUCAUAGAAUUCUGUGGUUGACCUUACUUUUGAGGCUGGUUGCAGUAUGCUGGAUAGAUUUCACCCUUUCGGGUGCAGACCUGUCAGCUGAUUUGCCAAUGCAUGCUGGAACUGCUGCUUCAGUGCUGACGUUGCCUGUCCAGUUCCUGUGCUGAUAGGCACAUCUCAUGUUCCACGACAUCACAGCCUCGUGCUACCAUCAGACUUUCAGCCUCAGAUUUAUAAAUCCUAUGGAUUAUUGUAAGUCUCAUUACUGCUGCUGGGAAUUAUUUGGUCUCCUUUCGUGUGGGAUAGUAAUCAUCUUACUGACAACUGUAAGGGGUUUUAUUGCUGUGGUGGUGGUUUGGCUGAUGCUCAUGCUCAAAAGCUGCCGGGAUUUCUUGUUUUCUUGGACAUGAAAUGGAUGGAGGUUAUGCUGGAGAGGAAAUGGACAAAUGACUGCUGAAAGAAUGGUCUCCAUUUCUGCUAGAAGUUCACAGGGGUUGGGAAAGAAUGAUGACUAACGUGUGUCUUCAUUUAUAGAUGAAAUAAAGAUCUGUUCAAUUGAACAUUAAUGGUAAUGUGCAGUCUGAUUAUUUCAGGCUGCCUUAUUCUUUGACCCAUUUCUUUCACUGAUGCUUGGAGUUUUUGUCUUCUGAAGCUGAUCAAAGUGCAGCAGGCUGCUGCUCUCCAGCCCCUGCUGGAAUUGUGCUCUAAGCUGAGCGUGAGCUGGGACUCAUGACUUCGUUCUGAGGGGAACUUAACAUAUCCCAAUAUUUUCAUAAGUAACUGUAAACUAUGUUUAGAAGGACCACUCUUGGCUGCCACCUUUCCCACGUUACCACUGCUUUCUUAAACACUUCCCAUUGAUUUUGAUGUUUGUAUAAAAGACAGAACUGUUGUUUAUUACAGUAUGUAUGUUUUUACUCUGUACAGGACCCUGAGCACUGCAUAAAUAAACUUCUUAUGAAAAGAGAA